GUAAGUAAAUAGCGACUUUUAGUUUCGUCGACUUUAAUUAAUUAAACAUAGUUUGAUUUCCGAGUUUCUGUAUUAAACGAAAAUGAGAAGUCAAACAACACUACUUUUGUUACAUCUUGUGAGCUCAGCAAAAUUUCUCAAUCAAAGCGAAAUCAACAAACGAACACUAGUUGCUGUGUUUGUUCAGUUCAAACAGUAGUUUGGGAAUCGAACGCAAUCUUUAAAAUAAACAGGGAUGAAAUCUGGCGGCGGGAAGGUUUGGAGAUGGUCGUACGAACAUCACUCCCGUUUGAUCGAUCAGGUCGAUUGCACGAUUUUCCGCAAUACUCGCGACGCUGCCUCAGUACAAGAAGAAAACAGAGAUGCUGUGCACACUUUGCUACUUCUCCUUGCUUUCUGUCUUCUAGUAGAUUUUGGUAAUUCUGCGCUAAUUCCUAAACAAUCUGCAGUCUCACCACGAGAUGACAGCGAAAAAACGGUUUUUACUUUGGAAGAGUAUUUUGACGGAUACUUUUCUGCCUCUGGAUUUAAUGGAACGUGGUUAUCAGAUAAUUAUUUCCUCUAUAAAAGUUCAGAAGGUGAUUAUUAUAAAUUUGAUGUUGUCACAAAAACAGCAACUCUCUUCAUAAAUGGAUCUUUUCUGGAUGAUUAUUCUGGAGCGUCUAUAUCAUUAUCUCCAGAUGAAACAGUUGUGCUUAUUCGGUACAACGUUUCGUCCGUUUACAGACAUUCUACUACAGCAAUUUACGCAGUGUAUAAUAUAGCGAAUAGGGCGUAUUAUCACAUCAACGAUAAAACAGCGGUUCAAUUAGCAACAUUUAGCACUACUGGUCAUGCUCUGGCUUAUGUAUACUUAAAUAAUAUUUACUACUUAAAAGACAUUUCGAACGAUGAAAACCCCGUGAAGGUAACUGAGGAUGGCGAAGACGAUGUAAUCUAUAACGGAGUGCCUGAUUGGGUUUAUGAAGAGGAAGUAUUUGGAACUGGAUCGGCUUUGUGGUUUUCUCCAGAUGGUAAAAAACUGGCAUAUGCCCAAUUUAAUGACACAAAUGUAGCUGGCUUUUCGUACUUCAUUUAUGGAACUGCAGGAAGUAUGGAUGACCAAUACCCAACCACAAGAACUAUCAAGUACCCAAAAGUCGGCGAACAAAAUCCACUAGUCACUACCUUUAUUUACGACACAGAAUCACAAAACACCACUAAAGUUAACCUUAUUAGCUCAAUUGAAAACUCCGAAGACAAUAACGAUUACGUGUUAUACGACAUUACUUGGAUCUCCGACUCAGAGUUAGCUAUGAUUUCUUCUAAUAGGAUUCAGAAUGAGUCAGUGAUAAUUAGAUGUUACUUAAAUGGAAAUUGCUCACAAGAAUCAUCCUAUAGCCAAGCAAAUGGGUGGUUGUCACCAAAAAUUCCGAAUUACAAUGCUGAUGGCACUUUAAGACUGGAAAUACUUCCUCAGUCGUAUGAAGAUGAUUACUUUAAUCAUUUGGUCUUAACUAAUGUCAGUUCGCAUACUUCUACAAGGCUGACAUAUGGAAAUCGAGUUGUUACCACUGUCUAUCGGUGGGAUCAAACGAAUAAUUUGGUCUACUACGGUUCAUCAGUUAAUGAUACUCCAUCCCAGCAGCAAAUUUCAGUGGUCAACACAAUUACUACUGAAGACAAAUGUUUAACUUGCAACUUUACUGUAGAUGAUGCUGAUGAUGAACAUGAUGGACUUUGCAAGUAUGCCGGAGCAUCUUUCAAUUCAUUAUUGACGUAUUUUAUCAAAAUUUGUCAAGGACCCAAUCCCUAUUUUGCUACAAUCCAAAGCUUGUCUAAUGAUAGUGACACAUAUCUAUGGAAUAACAAUUCAAAAGUUAGAGAACGGCUUAGCAAAAAACUAAGAUUUUCCCAGAAAGAUCUGUUGGUUCCAGUAGCUAAUAAUUUUACUGCUAGAGUUCGACUACUUUUGCCUCCCAACUUUAAUGAUAGUGAAAGAUACCCAGCCGUGGUUUAUGUAUAUGGGGGACCAAACUCAAACGUUAUAAAUGAUGCUUUUUCCUCGGGAGUUGUAAACUACUUGGUCACCAAUAGAUCGUACAUUUACAUAUACAUCGAUGGAAGAGGUAGUGGAAGAGAUGGACAAAGCAAAACAUUCCAAAUCUAUAGAAGCAUGGGAACUGUGGAAAUUGAAGACCAAAUUGCAGUGACAAAGUACUUGCAAGAAAACUUUCCAUACAUAGAUCGUAAUAGAACCGGAAUUUGGGGGUGGAGCUAUGGAGGAUUUGCGUCAAGCUGGGUACUUGCGAAAGAUACUGAAAAUAUAUUUAAGUUCGCACUGGCAGUUGCUCCUGUGACAAGUUUUAUUUAUUACGAUACGAUAUAUACUGAGAGAUACAUGGGCUUACCAACGGAUGACGAUAAUCUGUUGGGUUAUAAUAAUACUGAUCUUACACGAGUUGCCGAAUCGUUUAGGGGAAAGUUGUAUUAUAUUAUACAUGGAAACGCUGACGAUAAUGUACACUAUCAGAAUGCGCUGCUAUUAAUUAAAUCAUUGGUUGCUGCUGAUAUUCAAUUUUGGCAACAGAGUUAUCCAGAUGAGAGUCAUUCACUUUCAGGAGUGGCCAAGCAUUUAUAUCAUACAAUAGACAAAUUUUUUGCAAGAGCUUUUGGUAUUGAAGGUCCACCAUUAGUAGUUUGACGGCAAUUUUUGGAAACUCCGUUCUCCCGAGAUUAUGUUUACUUAGCACUUAGAUUAAAUUAUGUUUACUUAGCAAUACACAUUUGUCAACAAUUUUAA